CCAGCAACAUGGCGGAAAAUGAAUCCGUGGAGUGUAUAACCGAGCACGAACGUAUUUUGCAAGAAAUCGAGAGCACCGACACCGCUUGUGUCGGUCCGACACUUCGAUCUGUGUACGAUGACCAGCCUAAUGCCCACAAGAGGUUUAUGGAGAAGCUUGAGGUCAGGAUCCGAAACCAUGACAGAGAGAUUGAGAAGAUGUGUAACUUCCACCACCAGGGGUUUGUGGACGCCAUCACCGAGCUGCUCAAAGUCCGCGCCGACGCAGAGAAACUCAUGGGCCAGGUUACCGACACCAACAGAAGACUGCAAGACGCCGGCAGAGAGGUCACAGCCCAAACGGAGGAGGUGAUUCGCUGUCGGAUACAGCAGAGGAACAUGGCUACCACUGUGGAGAGACUACAGCUGUGUUUACCUGUCCUAGAAAUGUACAGUAAAUUGAAGGAGCAGCUUGAAUCCAAAAGAUACUACGCUGCGUUGAAGACCAUGGAGCAGCUGGAGAAGGUGUACAUCCCGCGGGUCAGCCGCUACCGCUUCUGUCAGAUCAUGGCUGAGAACCUGCCCAAGCUCAGAGAGGACAUUAAGGAUAUCUCCAUGUCCGACCUCAAGGACUUCCUGGAGAGCAUCAGGAAACACUCGGACAAGAUCGGAGAGACCGCCAUGAAACAGGCUCAGCAGCACAGGACGUUCAACAGUGUGAUUCAGAAGCAGGACAGUGGUGUGGGCUACACCAAGCCAGUCUACUCCCUGAACGGCCGGGCGCCAACACAGCACAACGGCCUCGCCGCGGAGGAGGGAGUGGAGGAGGACCAAUCAGAGGAGGAGGUGUUAACAGCCCAGGACCUGGUGGACUUCUCUCCUGUUUACAGAUGUCUCCACAUCUACACCGUUCUGGGUGACAGAGAGACAUUUGAGAACUACUACAGGAAGCAGAGGAAAAAACAGGCCAGGCUGGUGCUGCAGCCCCAGUCUAACAUGCACGAGACCGUGGAGGGCUACCGGCGGUACUUGAAUCAGAUCGUAGGCUUCUUCCUGGUGGAGGAUCACGUUCUGCACUCCACACAGGGCCUGUUGACCAGAGCCUUUUCUGAUGAACUGUGGAACAUGGCCCUGUCUAAGAUCACUGCCGUGCUGCGCACACACUCUUCGUACUGCAGUGAUCCUGACCUGGUGCUGGAGCUGAAGAACCUCAUUGUCAUAUUUGCAGACACAUUACAGGGUUAUGGCUACCCAGUGAACAGACUGUUUGACCUGCUGUUUGAGAUCAGAGACCAGUACAAUGAAACGCUGCUGAAGAAAUGGGCUGUGGUGUUCAGGGAGAUCUUUGAACUGGACAACUACAGCCCUAUCCCUGUAGAGACUGAGGAAGAGUACAAGUCUGUGGUUAAUAGAUUCCCCUUCCACGACGCAGAAAUCGAAAAGCAAGCCUUUCCAAAGAAGCUGCCGAUGUCUCAGUCGGUGCCUCAGAUCUACGUUCAGGUCAAGGAGUUUAUCUAUGCCAGCCUGAAGUUCUCCGAGUCACUGCAUCGCAGCUGGACAGAGAUCGAUGACAUGCUCCGGAAAUCCACCAACCUGUUGUUGACGAGGACACUGAGUGGCUGUCUACAGAACCUCAUCAAGAAACCCCAUAUAGGACUAACUGAGUUAGUCCAGAUCAUCAUCAACACAACCCAUCUGGAGCAGGCCUGUAAAUACCUGGAGGACUUCAUCACCAACAUCACCAACGUCUCACCUGAGACCGUACACACCACGCGGCUCUACGGCCUGUCCACCUUUAAGGAUGCACGACAUGCAGCGGAGGGAGAGAUCUACACCAAACUCAACCAGAAGAUUGAUGAGUUUAUCCAGCUGGCAGACUAUGAUUGGGGCAUGCCGGAGUCAGACGGCCAGGCCAGUGGAUACCUUAUGGACCUCAUCAACUUCCUCCGCAGCACCUUCCAGGUUUUCACACACCUGCCGAAUAACUGCAAUGACCAUGCUGCUAUGUCGGGUAAAGUGGCCCAGACAGCCUGUAUGUCAGCGUGUAAGCACCUGUCCACGUCCCUGAUGCAGAUGCUGUUGGACAGCGAGCUGAAACAGAUCAGUAUGGGAGCCGUUCAGCAGUUCAACCUGGACGUCAUACAGUGUGAAUUGUUUGCCAGCUCAGAGCCUGUGCCAGGAUUCCAGGGAGACACUUUACAGCUGGCAUUCAUCGACCUCCGACAGCUGCUGGACCUGUUCAUGGUGUGGGACUGGUCUACGUACCUGGCUGACUACGGACAGUCCACCUCCAAGUACCUCCGGGUCAACCCCUCCACUGCACUAGCACUUUUGGAAAAAGUCUACAGGGGAAUGAAGGACACCAGUAAGAAGAACAACAUAUUUUCUCAGUUUAGGAAGAAUGACCGAGACAAACAGAAGCUGAUUGAGACCGUGGUGAAACAGCUGAGGAGCCUGGUCAAUGGGAUGUCUCAACACUCCUAGAACAGAGAUGGACAGACAGACACACAGAUGGACAGACAGACACACACACACACACACACACACACAGAUGGACAGACAGACACACACACACACACACACACACACACACACACACACACUAACCAACCAUCACCUUUCAGUUUCACCAGAUUCGCUGCAUAUUGUAAAUAAGGAGAAGACGACACACAGAAACAGACGAGACAUCGAGCUAAAACAGUUUCUUCUGUCGGGAGAAAAGAGUGAAAUGUUUUAAAUGUAUUUUCUAAAGGCUCAGAAUACUAUGUUUUGUAUAAAGUGAGAGUGCAGUGAUUUGUGUCACCGCGGUGUCGCGGUGGUGAUGUAAGGAAUGUAAAGAUGGCAUCUCAGAUGAAGACUGAACAGGAAACUGAUGUUCACUAGGUGAAGUGGCCCAGAUAAGGGACUGAGCCAUCAAAUAUAGGCUCCAAUCCCCCGAGCCCUAUGGACCCUAUCCGCCCUGCUCUAAAGUAGUGCACUAUAUAGGGAAUAGGGCCCUGCUCUAAAGUAGUGCACUAUAUAGGGAAUAGGGCCCUGCUCUAAAGUAGUGCACUAUAUAGGGAAUAGGGCCCUGCUCUAAAGUAGUGCACUAUAUAGGGAAUAGGGCCCUGCUCUAAAGUAGUGCACUAUUAGGGAAUAGGGCCCUGGUCUAAAGUAGUGCACUAUUAGGGAGUAGGGAGCCAUUUGGGACACGUCCUGGAAGAUCUCUACAACGCUCCAUAGUGCAGUCCUGGGUGGAGUUAGUUUCUACUGUAAAUAUGUUGGAUAUUUAACACUACAGAGAAUCACGCUGGCUGUGUCACAAAUGUCAUUUCCACAGGGCUCUGGUCAAUGCCAGGGAUGCCCUCGCGCCCUGUCUCUGCCAGUCAUUCAGCUCGCUGUCUCUGCCAGUCAUUCAGCCCAGCUUGAAUCAAACAGCUUUGAUUAUUAGUGUCCAAAUGACCUGCAUGAACAUGGUUCCACUGUUUAAACCCAUUACGGGACAGAGACCUUUGUUAAUUUACACUCAAACUAUUAUCUUUUGACAAGAAAGACACCGAAAAUCAUGUUUUUUGUAUCAGCCAUUAUUAGCUAAAUCAAUUUCUUGCAUCCAAAAUUAUACUUGUUUUUGUUCCUCAGGUGAAAUGAAAAGCUUUUGGUUUCAAACGCUUUAGAAUCUACCGCUAAGACAUUUCAACAAAGCAAUAAUGAUCUAGUCCACCCGCAGGUUCUGCUUAAAGAACGACUUCCGUCUCGAAUCUCAAAUCACAUUUCAUAGUUGGAAUUAUGGUUUUUAAAUCUGUGCUACUUUUUAACAGGCAUUUUGCACUGAAUAGCUAUUAUUUCAGUUAGCCUUUUUUUCAUAGUUGCUUGUAAAUGUCAUUGUACAAACUGCAUAUUUUGUAAAGACAAUAAGAAUGAGUUUUCCUUCUGUUACGAAUAAAAGGAGUUUGUCGUUCUGAAAUGAAAUCUCUUAAAUCUAGUCUUUCAAUGAAUUAAAUUAUAACUGCGAUUAGUCAAUACAUCACCUGGGUGAGAAAUGUCAUUUCUCUCCAUUUUUUUGUUCCCAGUGAAAUCCCUAUUGAAUAACCCGCUCGACAUUCCAAUGGGAAAUGAACUGAGUGUUCGUUAGGAUGGACUGGCGUGGCGGGAAAGAGAAUAUGCCCCCCUGUGUAACCCAAGUCUAUUUGUUUUUAUUUGUGUGCGGUAAUAAAAAUGUGUUCACUCAAUCAAA